ACAACACGGUUGUCGUCAGUUCGUAGAGAACUGCAUACUGCCGGCUUGUCCGUGUUUAACUUUCAUUCAUAAUUUGAGACUGAAAAUUGUUCUAAAACUUUUUUUAUAAUCACUAAAGCAAAUCGUUUAUUACAAUGAGCAAAGCACAUCCUCCAGAAUUGAAAAAGUACAUGGACAAGAAGCUGUCACUGAAAUUGAACGGUGGCCGACAUGUUACUGGUAUCUUGAGAGGAUUCGACCCCUUCAUGAACAUGGUAAUUGAUGAGAGUGUAGAAUUUUGCAAGGAUGGCACACAAAAUAAUAUUGGAAUGGUGGUUAUCAGAGGAAAUAGUGUCAUCAUGCUUGAAGCAUUAGAUCGAAUAUGAUAUUUUGAUUAUUUAGUGCAUAAGUUAUUAGUAAGGUAUAUAAUUUUUUUAAUUGCUGGAACUUUGAGUUGGAAAAUUUAAGACAAUAAAAAUCAGUUUUGGUAAGAAUCAAA